UUUCUUUUUCUCCACCUCUUUCUCAAUUAACCCCCCCUCUCUCUCUUUUAGGCAACCAUGUUUUUAUGGCAGGAGUCAACCAAAUAAAAGCAGCCCCACCAGUCUGUGGGGGAGAAAAGCCGCUGGUUCAAUGAAGUGAUCUAUUCAACUCAGUGUUUCUCUCUCUUGCUCUCUUCAUUAAUUACAUACUGUCCUGCCUUUUCAUCCUUUCUGUCUUUUGUUUUCUGUCUCUCUUACUCUUUAUUCCCCUCCUUCUUUCUCUGGCUGGCUGAGCUCUGACAAGGGGAUAGAAUCAAGAGUUUGGGAGAGGAGAGGGACAUUUGGGAGCGAGAUGGCGGGUGGGACGGUGGCGUUGUUCCUGUAUGGAUUCCUGCUCCUGUCUCUGUGGAAACCUUCACUGCAAGGAGGUGUGUACAUACCUGCUGGUGUAGGUGAAGGAGCUGGGGCUGGAUUAGGAGCUGGAGCAGGAGGCAGAGCUGGAUUUGGUCCAGGUGGAGCUGGCACCGGUUUUGGGCCUGGUGGUGUAGGCACUGGAUAUGGGCCAGGUGGCGGAGCCGGAGUUGGAUCAGGAGGUGUAGGUGGAGCUGGCGCUGGUCCAGGAGGUGCAGGCUUUGGCCCUGGAGCCGGUGGAGGUUACACCAAGCCAGGGAAGACGGGAGCUGGCUAUGGUGGUCAGGUUGUAGGCCAAGGCCAAGGCCAAGGAGGACUGGGGACUGGAGGUCUGGGGGAAGGAAGAGUUAGACCAGAAGGAGCUGGGGCCGGACCAGGAGGUUAUGGACAUGGCGGUGGUUUAGGAGCUGGAGGCCUUGGAGCAGGAGCUGGCAAUGGAGGUUGGGGUCCUGGAGGACAGGGGGCUGGACUAGGAGCUGGAGGUCUGGGAGGAGGAGGUCUUAGACCAGGAGCCAGACCAGGAGGUUAUGGACCAGGUGGUUAUGGGCCUGGUGCUGAUCUUAGUCUGGGCGGAGCUGUAGCUGGAGGUCUUGGUGGUGGUUACGGACUUGGCGGGGGUCUAGGUGCCGGAGGCCUUGGAGCAGGAGCUGGAGGAAAGCCAGAGAAGGCAGGAGCUGGCUACGGUGGUAGAGAUCCAGGAGGACAGGGGGCUGGACUAGGUGUUGGAGGUUUUGGACCAGGUGGCUAUGGACCAGGUGGAGCUGGAGCUGGUGCUGGACCAGGUGGCUAUGGGCUUGGUGUUGGUCUUGGUCCUGGGGGAGCUGGUCCUGGAGUUUUUGGUGGUGGUUAUGGACCCGAUGGAACAGGAGCUGGCUAUGUAGGUCGCAGUCCUGGGGGACAGGGGGCUGGAUUAGGAGCUGGAGGCUAUGGACCAGGUGGAGCUGGACCAGGAGGAUAUGGGCCUGGUUCUGGUGUUGGCCAGGGUGGAGCUGGUGGUUUUGGUGGUGGUCUUGGAGCUGGCGGACAAGGAGACGCCCUUGGAGCUGGGUUUGGAGGCCUCGGAGCUGGGGGACUGGGAUCCAGAGGUACAGGUCAGGGGGCUGGAGGACUUGGAGCAGGCCAAGGUCUUGGAGCCAGCCAAGGAGAUGGAUACAGACCUGGAGGAGGCUACGGUGGUGCUGCUGGUGGUCUGUACCCUGGAGCUGGAGGGGCGGGGGCAGGCCAGAAACCUCCCAAAACAGGAGCAGGAAGCACACUAGGAGGAGAUGGAUAUGGGCCUGGUGGUGCUGGUGGAUAUGGGCCUGGUGGCGCAGGUGGACAUUGGCCUGGUGGCGUAGGUGGACAUGGGCCUGGUGGCGUAGGUGGACAUGGGCCUGGUGGCGCAGGAACUGGGCCUGGUGGCACAGGAACUGGGCCUGGUGGCGCAGGAACGGGACCUAGUGGCACAGGUGGAUAUGGUCCUGGUGGCGCAGGAACUGGGCCUAGUGGCACAGGUGGAGUUGGCCUUGGUGGUUUUGGGCCUGGUGGCGCAGCAGUACCAGCUGGAGCACCAGUACUUCCACAGACUGGAGUCCCUGGGGGUGGAGCUAGAGAGAAGAGCGGUUGGAAGGCCAACAAACAAGUGCCAGGUGUUGGAGUACCUGGACUUUAUCAAGGUGGAAUAGUGCCUAGUCAAGGUUUCGGAGGGCGUGGGGUUCUACCAGGUGUUGCCACUGGAUCCGGACUUGCUCCCCAGACAGGGGCAGGUGUGCUGGGCCAGGGUGGAGUUGGAGCUGGCACUGGAGCUGGAGGUGGCCGAGGCAGUUUAAAUGGAGUGUUCCGUGGAUAUCCCCUCAUAUCACCUAAAUCUGGAGGGGCUGGAGGCAAAUCAGCUAAUUCCCAGGCCAAGCUUGCUGCUAAAUAUGCUGGAGCUGGAGGUGUACUUCGUCAAGGGGGCAUGUCGGGAGCAGGAGGAGUACCUAGCGGUGUACCUGGAGCAGGUGGGGUCCCUGGUUAUGGAGUUGGAGCUGGAGGUGUACUUCGUCAAGGGGGCAUGUCGGGAGCAGGAGGAGUACCUAGCGGUGUACCUGGAGCUGGUGGUGUACCUGGUUACGGAGGUGGAGCAGGAGGCAUACCUGGAUUCGGAGGCGUACCUGGUUACGGGGGCGGAGCCGGGCCAGGAGGCGUACCUGGGGCAGGGGGCGUCCCUGGCUCAGGUGGGUAUGGAUACCCAGGGGGUUACCCAGGUGGAGGGCGGUACCCAGGGACUGGCCUAGGUGUAGGAGGUGCCUACCCCGGAGGAGCUGGAUCUAAGGCAGCCAAAUAUGGUCAGGGUGGAGCAGGCACUGGAGCUGGUGGUGGGCUCAGCCAGGGAGUGCCUGCAUCUGGGAUUGGAACCGGAAGACUGCCUGGUGGGGCUGGAGGGGAACCAGGAGGCGGUUACAGGCCUGGCGGUAGCUUCGGUCCUGGAGGUGGAGUUGGACCAGGGGGGGCCAGUUAUGGACCAGGUGGGGCCGGCUAUGGACCAGGUGGAGCUGGACCUGGUGGCUAUGGACCAGGUAGUGCUGGAAGUUAUGGAACAGGUGGAGGGGUUGGACCAGGUGGUGCCGGGGAAGGACAUGGUGGAGCUGGCUAUGGACCAGGUGGAGGAGUUGGUGGAGUGCCUGGUGGUGGACACAGACCCGGAGGUGGUUUACCUGGUAGUGGUGCUGGUUACGGACCUGGUGCUGGUGUUGGAGGAUAUGAUGCAAAUGCCAAAGCUCGUAAAUAUGGUAUGCUAAGUGGUGUCCUUGGGACCCCAGGAGGAGGACAGGCAGCCAGCCUGGGAGGAGUACCAGGAGGGGGAGCAGGGACUGGAGUAGGCCAGGGUGGAGUGCCUGGAUCUGGGCUUGGUGGUGGUGGAGGUGUCCCUGGUGGUUAUGGUCCUGGAGCUGGAUUUGGACCUGGCCGUGGAACCGGUGGUGGUUAUGGACCAGGAGUGGGUGCUGGGACUGGACUUGGCCAGGGAGCAGGGCCUGGAGCUGGGCUUGGUGCUGGUGGAGUGCCUGGUGGUGGAUACACACCCGGAGGUGGUUUACCUGGUAGUGGUGCUGGUUACGGACCUGGUGCUGGUGUUGGAGGAUAUCCUGCUGGGGCUAAGUCUCUGAAAUACGGUCCAGGAGGAGGUGGAGGAGCUCCGGGUGGAGGCCUUGGUGGGCGAUUCGGUGCCCCGGGAGGAGGUCUGCCAGGAGGAGGCUACGGACCAGGGGCCGGAGGCGCCUUAGGAGCAGGAGAAGCAGGAGCAGGAGGAAGAGUGCCUGGGGGUGGAUACGGGACCGGAGCUGGGCCUGGUGCAGGGUAUGGAGCAGGAACAGGGCCUGGAGCUGGGUACGGUCAGGGAGCAGGAGGAGUCCCUGGAGGAGGCUAUGAAGCUAGGGCAAGAGCAGGAGGACUACCUGGGGCCGGAUAUGGACCUGGAAGAGGAUAUGGAGCCGGAUCAAAAGCUGCUAAAUAUGGACAAGUUGCUGGUGGGGCCGGUGGGGCCCUCGGAGGAGGAGCUGGACAAGGAUUCGGAGGGGUACCAGGUGGCUAUGGACCAGGUGGCUUCGGAGCCGGACCAGGUGGCUAUGGAGCCGGACCAGGUGGCUUUGGAGCCGGACCAGGUGGCUUUGGAGCCGGACCAGGUGGCUUUGGAGCCGGGGGCGGAGCAGGAUCAGGAGGGGUGCCAGGUGGGCUUCCAGGAGGGUACAGCGGUUCUCCCUGGGGGAAAAGGGGCUAUGGUACUGGAUCUGGAUUUAAGGCAGACAAAUACGGUGAGAAUGGGUUUUGUUUUCCAGAAUACUGCACUGUUGCAUUCAAGUGA